AUGCAGCGGCAGCCCACAGCGGGCGCGCUGCCCUUGUCAGGCUCUGGCAGCGCCCUCGACACCCCCGAAGCUUCAGGCGGCAGUCCGGAGACCGCGGAGGUUACAGGAGCCAGGACAGGCAGAUUGAAGUUUAAACACUAUGAUGCCAACACGGGCGGCUUUCAUGUCCCAGCCCGUCCCCGGCCACUAACAGCAACCACCACAGGCAAGUCGUCCCCGGCAUGGCCGUUUUCUCGUUACCGAGCCGAUCCCGAUCAAGAGGCGCCGGCUUUCCGCGGACCCGCACAGGGUGCAAGGAGUGCAAUCGUGCCCCGGCCGAAGCCCCGGCAGCAGCAGCAGCAGCAGCGGGAGGUCGAAGCUGUAGUGAAACGAAUAGACGUCCAGCAGGGCGUCGACUAUGUGUCCACCCUUUUCCCAGGGCAGCACGAGUGGGACUCGUUCAUCGCCUUCGUCCAGGUGGCUGAGCAAGGGGGGUCUCUCCCGGCGGACAAUGUCAUGGAGCUGGUCCCGAAGGUGGCGCUGGAGGAUGCGGCCCUCCGUGAGAUCUGCUGCUCCAUCGGCGCCCUCAACCUCCGGAACCUACAGGCCACGCGGGCCAUCGACCAGGCGCGCCACCGUUCCUCGCUCGAGCACUACGGCCGUGCGCUGCGGGCUGUCGCGAGCGCGGGACAAUCAAACGACAGCUUUCUGAGGACAAUACUCGCUUCUUUGAUGUUCGUCACGGCCGAUAUCCUGCGUGGCGACUCGAGGACAGCCUUUGCCCACUAUGCACACAGUCGCCGCAUGAUGGCCCAACAUAUCAGCCGCAGGUCCGCCGAGACAGGCCUCGACGUGACGAGGCUGCCGCUGGACGUGCUCGAGUCGAGUGCUUACAACAUGAUGCAGCGGAUCGCGACGCACCCGUGGGCGCAGGAUGCGCAGAUAGAGGCUGCAGAUGCAGAGGGAAGACUCUUCCUGUCAGCUCUCCCGCACCGUCAUCGUCUGCAGAACAUGCCCAUGCGUUUCAGCACAACCGAGGACGCGGUGCGGUGGUGGGAUGUGACGCAGCACAAGAUCAUGAACACGAUUCAGGCGUGGCAGGCGUCACAGCCACUACAGACUACAGCUUUUACGGGAAAUACAGGUGAUGCUGGCGGCGAGGAGACAGAUAUAUGGGGAGAGUGCCUCGCGUUGACUGAUCGUUGGAGAUCCGCGUUCCGGCCGCUGCUCUACAGCGCCCGGCAGGGCAAGGGGACACAGCCGAGCAUAUACCUUCAGUGCCUUACACUUGAGAGCCUACUUCGUGAAGCAGUCGCUGCGCUCCAGGCGCAGAGACGGCUCAGACCAGACUACCACAUGCGGCCCCCGGCUGCGACAACACCGGUGUACCUGGAGAUGGCGCAGGAGACGAGGCGCUUAGUGUGGCAGAAACUCGACCGAGCCGCCGAUGUGCCUGUGGGGUUGGAGAGCGCCCUCAUCCGCCCGUUGGCAUUCGUAGUGUACAAGACGCAGAACGCGCAGGUGGUGGAUGAGGUGCGGGCCAUCUUGAUCGAGUUCUCAGAGAACCUUCAGAUUGCGACGCUGCUGCUGGGCCUGAUGGAGGGUAAGGGCGAGGGAACAGUGCUGGAGCUCAUUGAUCGUGGUUGGAAAUGGCACUUUACCUGUGCUGGCUGCAGUUCCGGCGUCGCCAACAUGCUGAGGGGUAAAAGGCAGCCGUGA